AUGGCGGCGUCCAGAGGGGGAGAUGCCACGUCUGUCUCGGCGUUAGAAACCAUGGAAAAUUUGACGGAUAUUGAGGAAAUUAAGCAUGCCUUCGAAAAAUUAUGCUCAGACGAGGAUGAUAUUAAUAUACAACUGGAUGGAUUGCUGGAACACCAGGCUUCCCUAGAAAACAAGAUGAGUGGACUGCAAAGGAUAGUUCCGAAUAUCCAGAUAUUAGAAACUGAUUCUAAACAACUGUCUAGUAUGGUCUCCUUCACAUCAACGUUGGCGGAAAAUGUCAGCAGCAAAGUGAGGCAGUUAGAUUUGGCAAAGAGCAAUGUAACUGCUGCCAUUACCAGAGUAGAAGAUAUAUUAGAUCUGAAGUUUUGUACAGAUGGUGUUCAGACUGCUCUGCAGAAUGAGGACUACGAGAAGGCAGCAGGACACGUUCACAGGUUCCGAAGUCUGGAUGAAAACAUUUUAAGGAUGUCCUCAGAUGCAGACGAAGGAGGCACACUGGAAAUCUCUUUUAAACUUCUACAUGAAGCAGAAGAAAAGCUUAAGACAAUUGUGUCCAGUAAAUUUGACGCAGCUGUACAUGCAGGAGAUUUGGCCUCUGUAGAACGCUUCUUCAAAAUAUUCCCUUUACUUGGUCAGCACGAAGAAGGGCUUACCAAGUUUGGAAAACACUUGGCAUCACAGCUGGCUGAUACCAGUGAUAAAAACCUAAAAAUUGCUGAAGCCUUGGGAUCAGAAAACAAGGGAGCUAACUGUGUAUUUGCUGACACAGCCACUCAGUUGUUUGAGAGUAUAGCCCGUAUUGUGGAGAUACGACAACCCUUAGUGGAAACUUACUACGGCCAUGGGAAAUUAUUCAUGCUGUUGAAAUUUCUACAGAAGGAGUGUGAUAGACAAUCUAGAAAAAUCCUCCAGGAAUUCAAAAGGAAAAGAAUGUUUGAUUUCAUAUUACAACAGGUCCAACAGAAUAUGGUAUUCCAUAAGCCAAACUCCACUGACAAAUUUGAUGCUAAAGAUUUAGAUGUACUACUAGCGGAGGUUGUACUUCUCAACACAAGAACAGAAUUGUACCUACGGUUUUUCAGAAGACGUGCUAUGAAUGACAUAGAAGCAGCUGCCCCUGGCCAAACAGAUUUUCAAGGGUCGGACGUUAACACAUUCCUAGUAAACUGUGAUCUGAGUCGUCUCAUGCAGGAGCUCAUUGGUAGCUACAUCAUGAUGGAGGAGUUCUUCAUGAGGGAGAUGGUCCUGAAGGCUGUGUCGGUGGACUCUGUAGACGAGGGAGCUCAGACCUCCAGUAUGGUGGAUGACAGCUUCUUCAUUGUCAAAAAAUGUGUUAGGCGUGCCAUUUCCAGUUCGAGUGUGGAUGGUGUAUGUGCCAUGCUUAACCAUGCCUGUACACUGUUGGAGCAGGACUUUCGUGAGGUGCUGUACUCGAGACUAAGGUCAGGAUUCCCACUAGGGUUUGACCUUGUCCAGGCCUACAACAUGGUCCAAUCCAGCAUCAAGGGAAAUCUCAAGACCUCUGACACGGAGCAGGCCAAAACCUUAUUUAUAGUUAGUUUAAAUAAUGCAGAAGCAACCUGUGAAUAUUGUAAAGCGUUGAAAACAAGUCUCAAUGAUGAAGUUUCGAAACUAUUUAACAAGUGCGAAGAACAAAGCAAGGCAAAGUUAGAGAGUUGCUUGUCAGACCUGGCAGCUGUGGGUAACAGGUACAAAGAUGUGGUCGACUUCGGCUUCUCACAGCUCAACAGUAGUGCCAUCAAACCCCGCAUCAAACCACUGACUGACAGCUUCCUCUCCACUGGUCACACUAUCUCAGAGGAAGAUUUUUCCAAUUAUGAGGCCAAUGAUCCGUGGGUACAGAACUUCAUUAUGGAGAUAGACAACACACUUGGCACAUUCAAGAGCUCAUUAUCAUCUGGGAAUUAUGACCGUUUUGUCAGCAUUAUCACAGCGGAGGUGACAUCACAACUGGAGAGGGCUGUCCUGAAGACAGCAUACAACAGGCUUGGUGGACUACAGUUUGACAAGGAGUUACGAAGCUUAGUAGGCUACCUCACCACAGUGACCACCUGGACAAUUAGGGACAAGUUUGCCCGCCUAACACAGAUGGCCACGAUCCUCAACCUAGAGAAGGUAACAGAAAUCCUGGACUACUGGGGACCUAACUCUGGUCCGUUAACGUGGCGUCUCACGCCCACAGAGGUCAGACAUGUUUUAUCACUCAGGGUCGAUUUCCGAAGUGAAGAUAUAAAGCGGUUAAAGUUAUGACGGAGACAUGGUGUGUGAGGGAGAGAGGUGUACUACUCAACUCUGGCUGUGCAAUUGUGUAUAAGUGUGUGUUUUAUAGUGAUGGAAGUGUCAUCCCUCUCCACAAAAAUGGGAUGACAUGCAUUGUGUUACUGUAAUGGUAGAAAUAUUUUGAUACAAACUUUGACAUUUGGUUUUGCCGUAUUUCUUCAUCAGUCUAACUAGAAAUCAAAUACAUGUUCCUUGUACCAUACUUCGGUUCCACCUCUGAUUCUAAGUUCAUUUUUUUUAGAUUGCUUUUAAAAUUGAUAAUAUAUGAAUGAUCAUAAAGUGCAUAUAAACUAAAGAGCACUUUUCCUGUAUUUAUUUUGAUUAGGAACUGAUCUCUGCUGACAUAAUGUAUUAAUUAUACUACCCGGUACUUUUACCGUGUCUGUUUCAUUGUCUGACUUGACCAGGAUUAACUCUGUAAACCAUUAUUACUGAUUGUAAAUGUGAUCAAUAAGAAGUGUGUAAAUCAACAUUAGAGUGAUACAAUGUAGUACAUGUUUGUGUUAUUGGAUGUUAACCGAGGAACAGCAAUAUUUACUUGCAUAGUUUUGUUUCUGGAUUGAAAGUGCUUCAGUAUGUAGUCCAUGUUAUUAAGUUACUCCACUUUAAUAAGAAAAUCUGUGUGUUUUCGUUUGCUAUUUUCAAGAGUCGCUGAGGUUUAAUGUAAUUAACCGGAUGCAUUUGAAUGUUGCUACACUAUUUAGUGUAUGGAAGCUUUGCAGAAAAUAAUAUUCAAUUUUACUGAGUGUUAUUUUGUUUUGUUUAGUGAUGCUAAAGCCAUAUUUACUUUUAUCAUUUACAAUUACAAGUAAUACAUUGGAUUAUAUCAGUGAGUUGCUCAGACAGGUUUGAUUAUAAUUGUUCAAUGAAUUUCAUAAAUGUGUGUUUUAUAAAUUCAGAAAGUUUCUUCAGCAAAAGUGUAUUUUAGGCACAUGAAAGUGCCUAAACUAUAGCAGUGUACAUGAUCUGAAAAUUUGAUUCCUAAUUAAUUGUGUGUUGAUAUAUAUAUUAGUAUAUUUAGAGGAACAGACAUGUGGCUUGUCUUUUUUGUCAAACAGCAGCAGUAAUACUGGUACAUGUUAUGGUAAACAUUUGCUGGAUGAAUCUUUGGUGAGGCAUGGACCAUUAUUAUAUCGCUAUAAAGUCAUAUGAACCACAUUGAGAGGUCUCCAGAUAUUUUUGUUUGAUCAUGUGAUGUGGACUUACUAUUUAUAAUGGAAAGAAGCAAAAAAUCAUGUAUACCCCAUCAGUCCCUACAUUUCUGAAUCAUUUCUAUGUCGUCAUUUGGGUUUGAAUACUCAUAUUUUUUCUGCAUUAAGUGACCUUGGUCUGCUAAUAGAAUAGUGAUAUAGUGAUAUAUAAUGGUAUACAAUUUUGUCAAAAAUUGUCCUGAGAAGCGAACUGUUCAGGGGAAACCGGUAGAUGUUUCCUAAUAAAUAAAACUCAACUGAUUCCGAGCUUUUUGUGAUUGACUUCUAUACUUAGUUUCCAUAUUCUUCAAUCGCCCUGCAUACCUGGUGGUAUCCAAGCAAGGGAUAAACUGACUGAACCUAAAUAAGAGGACAGCAAUGGAUCUAUCCCUCGAACUAUGAUAUAGAGAUGUAACCUGUUACUGUAUCAGUAUUCCUCUUCAGUCCCUUUGCAUUUUUCUCACAAGUUUUACUAAAAAGGUCCAACAAAUCAGGCCCAGUUAUAGUAGAUAUUUUAAAAAGUGUCUACAGAAAUAUACGUUUCUGUAUGUUAAUCAUGAAAUUAUUGACUAAAAUUUUAAUGCAUCUUUAAGCACAGGAUUUUUUUUUCAUACCAGACCAUUGUUCACCCAAGUGUAUGUAUAAUACCUAUGCCUGUUCGCAUAUUAAAGGUAAAGUGCUAUAAAUGAAGUACCAGGUACUGUAGAUGUCUUACAUUUUGAAAUACUGAACUUUGUGACGUUACCUGUGUUUUUUUUCCUGAUAACUAUAUAAUUAUGUAUGAUUAUCAUAUUUAUUUGUUGGGUAGAAAUGUCCCACCUGAGAGUACAGAAUUUGGGGCAAUAGCAGACUUAGCGAGGUUUUUAAUCCAAAAAUAAGUACUAAAGGGUUGAAUAUUUCUAUCCUACAUUAUUUUUUAUAUUGUAGUUAUUUACUUGCAUUGCUAACCAGUUUGUUUCAAACGUGUAGCUAUCAUCUUUAAUGGUAAUCAAUGUGAAUUUUUGUGCAAAAAGAAAUAUCACUAGAAAUAUCAGUUGUCUACAUUAUAGGACAAGUGUUUUUAAAGUUUUUGUUGUGUGUGUAGAAUACUAGCUAUGCAUUUAAUGUAUUUAUUUUCUCACCUUUAUAUGUUUUUUGUUUUUGUUGUUGAUAAAAGUUGUGUGUUGUUGGACAUGUUGACAUAUGGUUAAUUUUUAUUCCAUCUGUGUACGUUUUCAACAGUGAAGGGGAUAUCUAUAUUUAUAAUUUAUCCAUUUUAAAUAUUUUAAUUUAAAGACCUUCAGUAAGAGUGAAAAGAUUGAAACAAGAGAUCAGGGUGAGGUAGAGACAUACAAUUCUGUGAUAUAGGAAUUAAACCUUAGACUGAAAUGUUGUAGGUUUGAUUUCCACUGAUAGCAGUUAUAACCAAUAUUGCUGUGUCCUUGAACAGUAAACUUUCCCUGAUUGCUCCAGUCUAUAUAGCUGUACAAAUAGGUACUGUCUUGCUGGUAAGCAUGCGAAUGACUAAUGUUUUUCCAUGUCAGGCAAGAGACAGGCUAUUUGUGUAUGAAUUCACCAAGAGAUUAGUUCUGUGUGUGUGUAUACGUAAUCUAAGAGAGAAUAUGUAUGUCGGCAAGAAAAAGGGGAUUUUUGUGUGCAUGUUUGUGUUGACAAAGGGCUCUUUUUAUGCAUAUGUAUGUGUUAUGCAAGAGACGUGAGUAUAACCCUGGCCCUCUUGCCUUCAUACUAUUUGUAGGCUAGAGAGGGCCAUGUUCUGUGUAUCUGGUAUGUACAGAUGAAGUAGCCAAGAGGUGUGUGUAUGUGGCCAAGAGAUUGGCCCCUUUCAUGUGUUAGUGUAUAUUGGCCAGUAAAGGCCCUUUUGAGAAUGUAUGUGUGUUGGGAAUGAGACAACCCUUUAAGUGGCUAUAUUUAAAAACUCAGAAUAUUUAAUCUACUAUGUGGGAGAAAUAUUUGACACAAAAUUCCAUCUAUUCCAUAUACAUGUACUUUCAUUUAGGGGAACGAUAACAAUGUUAUUAUAUACUAGUAUAUAAAUACUGUGGUGUGUGUAAAUAUGUGUAUAAAGACUGGGAUUAAAUGUUGAUAUUUCCGGUGUUUUAUAGAUAUGGGAACAUUUAAAUAAAAUUUGAAAAUAACUUCACA